AUGUUUGUGCCCGGUUUCGUCGCCGACCCGAGAUGUUUGGGAUGUUUGCACCUCCACGGGCCACAAGUCAUCACCAUGCCGCCAUACCUCGAUCCGGUGCACGGGUACUAUCAUAACCCGUCGAUUCCCAGUCUCCAACCACCACCGAAGCCGAUCGUCCAGCCGUGCAAGUUUCUCGAGUGCUACGAGUCAGAUCGCCGAACCACCCUCCCCCAAAGGAAAGCUGCCGGAACUUCCGCGGUCGAUAUCUCCGAGACAGACAUCGAUGACCGAGUCAAUCAGAUCGUAGAACAGUCCGACAUCCUCAAAGCCAGCAAGGACAAAGCGAGAGACGUCCGCGACGAAGAAAUUCAGUGCAAUCUGAUGACGGAGAGGAUCGUUCCUAAGAAGCGGCCCGUACACAGAAUAAGAUUGGGCAGACUUCUGAUGUCGGCUCGUUCUCCAAGGUUUUUCCGAAAGAACAUUCCGGAAGGCGUCGUUCUCCAAGCGGACUCGGAUAAGGCUAGUCACUACGAGCCUUGCAAGUGUUGCAUGCCGGAGACCCCCCAGCCCGAAUCACUCAAGUCCACGAGCGGUUCUGAUGACGUGCCGCGGGUGGUCGAUAUUCUGUCAAAAUUCGAACCCUUAAAGGCCCCCGUGGAGUUUCGCGACGAAGCAUCCGAAGUUGAGUACGCGAAAGUCACGAAACUUCUCCAGUCAGCCUCUACAAGAGAACCAGCGGACGGUGAAGACUCCAUGGUUCCGAUGCAGUCCCGCGACUCGUCCUGGGCUUGCCCUGGGAUAGAGAAGGGAGAAGCCGAAAUUCCGAUAAAAUCGGAGGAUGUCAUCGACGCGCGCCAAGAUAAUCCGAUCAGCGGAGGAGAGGAAGAUGACGAAUAUGUUUGCGAAUGCCACUUCAAUCCAGACUUCGUGGAUUCCGAAAAAGUGACUGAGGUCCCCGGGAAACGGCGGUCGAAAGACUCCUCGAGGAAAAGGCGGGCAAAAAACAAACAGAAGAAGAAGGCUUCGAAGAAGAUUCUCCAACAGAAAAGAGACUCUGAAAAAGCGCGAGAUUUGGGAGUCUCUUGUCGUGACGAUAAGCAUCGAAAACGGCAUGGAGGGUACUUCAGUGAACUCCGGCACUUUUUCAAGGAUCAUCGGCCGGAUAAUUCUGGGAAAGUCGCUCCUGGAACACUCGUUGGACCAUCGGACUCUUUGAACAGCACUGAGAACGUCGACUGCGACGCUCGAUCGAUGAUGAUAUCGAUAAUGCGAAAGAACGGACUUGUGGAUUCUAGUUCGCCGGAAACUUGUGAUAGGAAGCCUUUCAAUAACUUGAGUCUUCUACGAGUCAGUCCUUAUGGAAAGGGGGGAGUGCUCCAAUUAUCUUUACGUCCUCGACCUCUGAGUCCGGAUCAAGCCGGGGAAUUCGAAAAGUUAUACUCGUCAUCCGAUCGACGCUUAGUAUCGAUAUCGAGCAAGUGGGUCGUCAAUCUGAUGUGGGGUAAUGCCGUGAUGAUGGCUUUGACGUCGACGAUGACCACCUUCAUCGACUCCGAUUGUGAGCCGUACUUCAAGAGAAUGAGCACGGUGGCAACUGCGAUGUUCCCGGAACCUCCGGAAUUCGAAGUAGUGGAUCCUCCGCCGGGCUUCGGCGAACCCUCCCCUCCGAGGGGCUCUCGAUCACCGUUGUCCUUGUCCGCGUCAUCCUUCCGAGCCAGUGGAUCUAGCAGGGAAAACUACUCACUGAAUUGCGCAUUCCGGUCUUUUUGCGACGAUAUGCUUGAACAGAGACCGGCAAAUACAGCCUUCGCUGCUCCAGCGUACACUGGUCACUUCGCGUCGAAGUGGCAAAGUGAACCCUCCAAGCAUGACAUCUAUGGAACGAAUCUGGUUACCGUCGGCAAGGAAACUUCCAAGAGUCACGCUUUCAAAACGACCGUGUUUUCGUCUACCCCCAUAAAAGACACCUCGCCGCCGCCACCCGCUCCCGUUUUUCCAGAUUCGUCUAGGUGUAAGAGUCGUACCGGGAAGGGCUCGGACUCCAGCAAUGACAGAAUCUCUACCACAGAUGAGACAUUCCUCAAUGUUAGGAGUGACACUGCCGACAGCGGCGUCGCGAGUCGUCCGGCUUCGGGUCUUGACGUCCAUCGGGAACCACCGAGCGGACCCUUGAAUCCGCUCGUCGUGGUCGCGAUUGACUUCGGAACGACCUAUUCCGGUUACGCUUACAGCUUCACCAGGGACCCAGACAGCAUUCACAUAAUGCGCAAGUGGGAAGGUGGCGAUCCUGGAAUUUUGAACCAGAAGACUCCGACGUCGGUUCUGCUGAAACCUGACGGCGAGUUCCACUCCUUCGGAUUCGCCGCCCGCGACAACUUCCACGACCUCGACGUCGAACAAGCGAAGAAGUGGAUGUACUUCGACAAAUUCAAGAUGACUCUACACAGUUCCGAGAACUUAACUCGCGAUACGGAAAUUCGAGCUGUGAAUGGUCGACCAAUGAAAGCACUUGUUGUAUUCUCCCUGGCACUCCGUCAUUUCAAGGAACAGGCUUUUAGAGAAGUCCGGGAUGUCGCCGGCAUGAUAGCGUUCGAGGAUAUCCGUUGGGUAAUCACCGUCCCCGCAAUUUGGAGGCAACCGGCCAAACAGUUCAUCAGAGCGGCGGCUUACAAGGCUGGCAUCGGAAGUCCCGAGAGUCCUGAGAGAGUCGUGAUCGCUCUUGAGCCUGAGGCCGCCUCGGUUUACUGCAGGAAACUCAAAGUUCACCAGCUCGUACCAGACGUUCCGCCUUCGAAUCGUACGCGGUACAUGGUGGUCGAUUGCGGAGGAGGCACCGUAGACAUAACUGUCCACGAGCUUCACGACAGUCUCGGGACUCUGCGAGAGAUCCACAAGGCAACUGGCGGUCCUCAUGGUUCGGUCGGCGUAGAUCUUGAAUUCGAGAGGCUCCUGUGCGACAUCUUCGGUGCAGACUUCAUAGGACAAUACAAGCUGAAAAGAUCCUCCGGUUGGGUAAACCUCAUGGUGGGUUUCGAAGCUCGGAAGAGGAGCGUGAGUCCUUUCAAGGAAAAUCCGCUGAACAUUUCGCUUCCCUUCUCUUUCAUCGACUACCACAAGAAAGUCAAAGGUUCUUCGGUCGAGAGCGCGAUAAAGAAAUUCAACAACAAAGAAGUCAAGUGGUCGCCGCAAGGCAUGCUCCGCCUUGAACCUCGAUUAAUGAUGACUCUUUUCAAGCCAACGUGCGAAGCUAUCAAGGAUCACAUCGCAGCUGUUCUCAACCACCAAAAUCUCGUCGACACGCAUUAUCUCUUUCUCGUGGGCGGCUUCGCUGAGUCCCAAGUCCUGCAGAAAGCCGUGCGCGAAGAGUUCAAGAACAGAGUGAAGGUUAUUGUGCCUCAGGGAGUCAGUAUGGCGAUAUUAAGGGGCGCUGUCUUGUUUGGACUCGAUCCCCAAGUGAUCCGACAACGUCGUAGCAGAAUGACCUACGGUGUCGGAAUUCUGAACCGUUUCGUCCACGGUCUGCACCCUCCGUCAAAAAAAAUUGUCAAGGACGGAAUCGAGUGGUGUGCCGAUAUAUUCGACAAAUUCGUCCUGGCGGAUCAGAGCAUUAACGUUGGAUCUCAAGUUCGGAGAUCCUACACGCCGGCAAAGCAAGGCCAAACUUGUUCAAUCAUCCAUAUCUACUGUAGCGAUCGAGACGAUGUCUGCUUCAUAACCGAUCCCGGGGUGCAGAAAUGCGCGACUCUCGUCCUGGAUCUAGCUGCGGACCCUCCGCGAUACGACCGUAUAACAGCUCUCGACGAAAAUGUCUGUAAUGAACGCUCCGUUGAUGGGGAUCGGAGAGAGAUCGAGGCUUUGAUGACCUUCGGCGAGACGGAGAUCAAGGUGAGCGCACUGGACAUCCGCACGGGCGUGUGUGUGAAAGCAGAUGUUGAUUUCCUAAGCGUCUGAGCUCACUCGGAAGUCGCAUGCCAUCUCGCUGCCUCAGAAGCUGAUCCCAGGCGGCAGUUGAAAUUCUUUCAAUCGGACCAACGAUGAAAACCAGCCUGGGACACCCGCAUCUGUACAACUUAAUGUAUUUAUAGGAAGAAAUAUACGCACAGCAUGUCUGCUAUGCAUUGUAUCGUCUUAUACUAAUUGUUAAGCGAAAGAUAAAAUAAAUCAUCACAACCGCAGAAGG